CGAACUCAAGCUUUCUGACAUCCAUUCCAAAGACCGGCUUGUUAGCGUGACGGGCGCCUCUACUUUGCAACCGCACGCGUUUUCUACUUGUGCAUGAUAUGAUUGUUGAUCUCACUACCUAGGAAUUGGUCAACUCAUAACACGCAUUUCGCAAAAUAAACUCGACUUGGUGGUUUGUGCGCGCAAAGACUCCUCCAUUUCCUCCAAAACCGCUCUCGAGGAUAUUAUACAGAGACAAAGCCUUGGCCAAGCGCUACCUCAACCCCUCAACACCAUAAAUCAACUCCUCAGACCAUCACCAACUCUACCGCCAAGAUGCCCUCAACCUACUGCAUCCGCCCCGGAACAUUUUCCGACGUCGAUGACGCCGCCAUGCUCUACACCCAGAGCUUUGCAAACGAGGCUCUUCUCGACUACAUGUUUCCCGACCGUGCCGUCGACCCAACUGCCUUCCACACAUGGGUCUCCCGCCGCUUCUGGAUGCGCUAUUGGACGCCCGAGUAUGUCCUUACCAUACUCGAUGCUUCCGACGGGAAGGGAAAGGUCAAACCUAUGGGCUUUUCUUGGUGGCACCGCCCAACUGAGUCCCUUUCUUUUCGCGAGCGAUGGUUAUCUCCUUAUGCAUGGCUUGCUCCCUUCAUGCAGUCUCUGCUCAACCUCCAGUCUUACAUCGCCCCAAUCCCCGGUCUCGACCAUCACCGCGUCACCAUCUACGACCGUGUCUUCGCCACUCUUGAGCCCACCAUUCUGCACUCUGCUCGCCGCCGCUCUGCCUGGUAUCUCUCCAGUCUGGGUGUUUCGCCCAAAUUGCAGGGCAGCGGCUACGGUUCCUUGCUGCUCCGCGCCGGCCUGCAAGAGGCCGACCGUGCCGGCGUCGCCACCUGGCUCGUGGGCUUGCGUGGUCUGGAUGACUUCUACUCCCGCUUCGGCUAUGUCGAAGUUGCGAGGGCCAAUGUUGGAGAAUUGAAGGAUUGGGAUGGUGGUGUUAUCAUGUUCAGGGGAGAGUGAACCAAGCCAAGGAACGCUUGGUCAGGCCCCGGGGACAUCACACUGGAAGGCAAUAUGUACCUAGGUAGUUAUCGACCGCUGAUACCAAGAUAAUUCAAUUGCACACUUUUUGACCUUUC